AUGGGUGGCCAAGGCCAGUUCAGGCAGACCCUGUUUCUGACCUUGGUGGUGGUUCUGGCCCUGGAGCCAGGCCCAGCCCAGAGUUGCUUGCAGUGUGAUCCGAAUUUUGCAGUCCGGUUUGCCUCUUAUGCCCCCCGCCUGAGCCGCAAGUCCUGGGGUCCCGGGGACGUACCAGCAGCAGGACGGCGGCUACGAGGUUGGGCUCAGGACACGUUGCGGGAGAUGCGCCUCGAGGUGCCUGCUGAGAUCACCUUUGAAGAACUCCGGAAAAUAGCAGCGAAAAUCUACGGAAAACUUGAUAAUCUGUUUGAAGUGAAAAUGUACAAGCCAGGUGUUCUUCCGGAAACCCUGCGUUCCAUAUUCCAGGAACAAGUUUCAAUGCUACGGGAUUCCAUCAUUGAAAGUAGGGUGAAGUGCGAACGCCAUUGUGGAAUAAACUGGUAUGAAGCCAUCUCUUGCGAGACGUGCAACCUGACCAAGCCAAGCUGUUUUGGGUAUAACUGCGAGUCCUCAAAAGAAUGGGAAGGUGCCCUGAAAAGCCUGUAUUCCUACAUAACUGAUUUGCAGAAGUAAGUUGGAUUCAUUCCUCACUUGGCA